AUGGAACUACGCAGUGUUACCAUUCAAAAAAUAAUAUUUUUGGGGGCAGUUCGAGUUGGUAAAAGUACAAUCGUAAAAAUAUUAACUGGGAAGUACAACUUUGAUAGCAAAGAUUAUGAAAUGACUCAAGGUAUAGAAUUGUAUGACAAGGCCUUAGAAGUUUGUGGACAUACCGUGGAUACAGUACUGGUAGAUACUGCUGGCCAUGAACUUUAUAAAUGGAUCGUUAAGCCAGUUUGCGAUGAAAAUGCUUUUUAUGCUCUCUGUUUCGAUCUAACUGAUAAAGAUAGCCUUGCUACUUUGAAGGCAUAUCUUGAAGAGCUAAGAAUUCAGAAAAGUGUGCUGAUUGGUUGUAAGUGUGAUCUGCAAUCGAGACAUGCCAUUUCAUUGUCAGCUGCUGAAGAAUUUGCGAUAAAUAAUAACCUGAAGCUCCAUCUCACUUCAACGAUGACAACAUCGACUGAAUUGGAAAAACUCUUCUACAACAGUAUUACGGAUUACUACACGGAUGCUUCAUAG